ACAAUGAGAACUUUGAUUAUUUAUGUAAUAUUCGUUGCUUUCAUUGCUGAAUCAAACGCAUGCACAUGCCUUCCUCAGCAUCCACAAGAGCAUUUUUGUAAAUCACAAUUUGUUGUCCAGGCAAGAGUAAUUAGACAAAAAACCGUGAACAAUGGAUUGGAUAUUGUUUACACUGUUCAAAUUAUUCAGGAUUUCAAGAGUGACAGCAGACGGUACGGACAGCAGACGACAAUGCGAACUAUAAAAACCAGCUCAUCAUCUGCUGCUUGUGGUUCAUACUUCAAAAUAAACAAAGAAUACAUCCUAUCAGGUUUCAACCAUCAGGGAAACUGGGAAACAAAUUUAUGCGCCUGGAAUACAGAAACGUCUUUACUUACAGAAUACCAAAGAAGAGCCCUGAACUUUGGCAUUUAUCAAAACAGUUGUACAUGCAAGAUUUUUGAUUGCACAUCGGAUGUGAUAGAUUGCCCAGCUGUCAAAGGAAACGAGUGCGUCAUCAGAACAAAUCCUAGUUGCUACUAUGAUAAUAAUUCAUGUGGAAGGGUCAACUCCAAGUGUAUGUGGGCAUCUCCAUCAUGUGAUGUACCACAACAGUAUGUAAAAUAAAAGUACAUGUGCCUGCAUAAUCAAUAUAACCAUGUCAGGUUUUUAUUUAUAUGUACGCCUUCUGUGUUUA